CUCGACACCCAUGGCCGCCUCGAUGCAGCUGUCAACAAUGCUGGCAUGUCAAGCACUUUCAUGCCAUUCCAUGUCACCCCCCUCGCCGAUAUGGACUUCAUGUACAACGUCAACCAGAAAGGCACUUUCCUGUGCAUGCAAGAGCAGAUCAGGCUCAUGUUGAAUCAGGACAAACAAGGCGACGCGGGCAAAAGAGGCAUUAUCGUCAACAUGGCUAGCAUGUCUGGUCUCAUCGGUGUGCCAUAUGCCGCUCCCUACUCGUCCACGAAGCAUGCUAUCGUUGGUUUAACCAAGUCAACAGCCCUCGAAUACGCCAGUGAGGGUAUUUACAUAUCUGCUGUCGCGCCUGGUGUAAUUGACUCGGGUAUGCCUGUUCUCGAGGAGAGCUACAAUGGUGGUGCAUACUCCAGAGAACAAGCUGCUGCUAUGCAUCCGCUGAACAGGAUAGGGACCUGCGCUGAUGUCGCAAAGGCUGUGGACUUCUUGCUGGAGAACGAUUUUAUCACGGGCGGUGUGAUCAGUGUUGACGGUGGCAUUACCGCGAGAUAG